CCUGAAUGUCCCUUGGUACAUUUCACUCUUCUGACCUUUCUCACUUACACAAUCACACAAUUGCACAUACACAUAACCACACGAUCACACACACACAUAAUCGCGCACACAAUUACAAUCACUCACACAUUCGUACAUCAUGAAGCAAUCUGAAAUCUCGCAGUCACUCACUUUGUCACAGUAUGGUGAGCAACCUGGCCAAGUUUUUGCUGCAACGGAUUCCUCUUUCAAAGCGUCGACUUCGACUGCAAAGGCAUCCAAAGAACGCUUCACAAAGCAGGAUAUCGAGAACAUUCUGACAUGGUUAGAGCGUCCCCCAAAUUUCAAGUCAGUUUUUGGUUCUGAAGCUCAAACAGUUCUCGGCAUGCCUCGACAGGCCUCCAGUCAAGGCUGGGCAACUUUGGCACAAGUUGUGUCGAAGCAAAACAAAGGUAGACUCUCACUAAACACCAAAUCUAUGCGCGAGCGUUUCCAUCGACAUCUUAAGCUUUUUACAGAAACUAAAAAGUUGGAAAACCAGACAGGAUUUGGUGUGACUGACGAGGAUCACAAAAAAGGGAUCUACACAACUAAGCAGAAGCUCGAAAAGAUGUGCAUCUGCUACGCGAGAAUGGAUGCUCUCUUUGGUCAUAGGUUAAAUAUCACUCCUCUGUUCAAAUUAACCACCGGAUUGCAAAAUGGUUCAGGAAGUGGCAGGGAAGCCAUCGAAAAGGUUUCACGUCAUCGAUUGAUCGUCGAAGAGGAAGAGGGGAAGGAGGAGGAGGAGGCUGUAGGUUUCAACAAACCGAUUGGAAAUCAAGAAGCGACUGAGGAUGGCCAGUUUCUUGGAGAUACCACCCUAGUUCAUACCACCUUUGAUGAUAGCCUUUAUGAUAACUCUAGUACUGGCAUUGAUUCUGACUUGGGAACAAAAGGAGAGGGCAUUGACCUCAAUGAUGACAACAACAAGGAUUCUGAUAUAGACGACAUAAGUGACCUUUCCAUCUCUUCCACCUCAUCGCCUGUGCUGCAUAGUAAACGGAAGCGGAAAUUGCCCGGUAUUGAAUCAUUGCAGUCUCCGAUCUCCAGGAAGUGGUCCCAAGGAAUAGAAGAACGCAGAAAAGGACCAUCACUAAAUCCGAGUGGUUCUUCGAAGAUGCCAAGGAAAUCAUUCCACUCAGCUUUUGAGCUUCUCAACAACAGAAAACUUAGUGCCAAAGAAAAUCUAGAAUUGAAGAGGCUGGAGCUGGAGGAAAUGAAGAUUAGAGAGCAAAUGACGCUCGAGAAACAAAAAUUGGAAAGACAAAUCCAGAAACUUGAACUUGAAAAACAAAGGAUGGAGAAAGAGGAUGAGCGAGAGAAGCAAAAGAUGGAGAAACAGGAUCAGCUUGAAAAACAAAGGAUGGAGAAAGAGAUCAAAUUACAGACUAUGCAGUUGAUGCAGGCAGGGAUUGAAAAAGGCAUGUCCAUCAGACACGCUUCUUACAAGAGGGUUUGUUCCCAAGGUACAGUGGCCGGUACGGUGGUGGAUUGGCCAAACCUGGCACCUCAUUCUCGCAACGAUAUUAAGCUGAGGGAGUCCAUCGAUGAAUACGAGCUGGACUUGGUGUAUGACACCACGUUUCGCGGGUCAACACGCACUGGUACCUGUUCUAUGCGUGAUCUCUAUGACGAAAAGCAGUUCAUCCGGAUGAUACUUCAUACUUGGGGUAUGAGCCUAAAAGUGAAGCGUCCGUAUCUUGCGGAAGGUAGAUUUCAAUAUAUGCAUGAGCAUCUUUGCCUCUUGUAUAAUGACUAUACGAGUCAUGGAGUAUCCAAUGGAAGCUCUUGCUGGAACUGCCCAGCAGAGCUGGUAUUUUUGGCGUUGGCUGAGCCUGUAGUUAUUGUGAGUGUUGUGGAUGCUGUUAUUAGUGGCAAAAGAUGUUGGUGGUGGUAG